AUGCUUGCGAUCUUGGGCCGGACCGGACCGGAGGGCAAGGGGCUGGCGCUGAGGCUCGCACUGGCCGGCGAGGCAGUGACCAUUGGCUCACGCAGCACGGAGCGGGGUGCCGCAGCCGCAGCCGAGCUGGCCGAGGGCGCUCCGGGGGCCAACAUCGCCGGUACCGACAACGCCGGGGCGGCCGCGGCGGGCGACGUGGUGUUUCUCGCAUUUCCCUACGAGGGUCAGCGCCCGGUGCUGGAGGAACUGUCAGCCUCCCUGGACGGCAAGAUCGUGGUGAGUGUCAUCGCCCCGAUGGUCUUCGAGCGGGGCAAGGGAGCACGGGCAGUCGAGGUUGAGGCAGGUUCUGCCGCCCAGGAGGCGCAGGAGAUCCUGCCCAAUGCGCAGGUGGUCGCGGCCUUCCAGAACGUGAGCGCCGAGGAACUGCAGGACCCGCAGGUGGACAUGGAGGGCGACGUGGUGGUCUGCUCGGACCACGCCGACGCCAAGAAACUGGUGAUCGGCCUGGCGGGCAAGAUCAAGAGCCUGCGGGGCGUGGACGAUUGGGGCGCGCUGGCCAACGCCAAGUACGUGGAGCAGAUUACCCCGCUACUGGUCAACAUCAACCGCAUCUACCGGACGCAUUCGGGCGUCAAGAUCACCGGCGUGUAG